UAAACAAAAAGGUUAAUUAAAAAAAUACCUCAUGAUUCAUGCCUGUGGUAAAAGAGUUAAAGGUAUCUUCUCUGUAGUGCGUUUGUAAGUAGAAGUAAAUAGUAAAUGUACGCCAUUGUUUUUGGUCACAGUAAAUAAAUGUGCUUUAUUUCUGAACUUACUAUGUUUGCAUGCUUUAAGGUUCCGUGGCGUUUGAAGGUUUAUUCCAAAUGGAGACGUUCCGCUGAUGAGGCGUUGUGUCUGUGUUUGGCAGGGCCUGGGGUUCCGUCCCCCCGCGCACUCGCGCAGUGACUGGAUCGGGCCGCCGGACAAGCACUCCAACCUGCGCCCCGUCAUCUUCUACGUGCCCCCCGAGGAGUCGGCGCUGGAGCGGCGGCUGCGGGAGGCGCGCCAGGAGGCCCAGGCCAGCAACCAGCGCUUCUGGGCACGGCACAACCGCGCCUUCCGCCAGGAAAAAGAAGAAUUUAUUUAUUCAAGACUGAAAGCCAAGGGUCUGGAAAUGAGAGAUGAAUCAGGUCGGAAAGCAACACUGAAUGCAGAAGAAAUGGCUGACUUUUACAAGGACUUUCUAAGUAAAAAUUUUAAAAAGCAUUUGCAGUAUAACAGAGAUUGGUAUAAACGUAACUUUAGGAUCACAUUCCUCAUGGGACAAGUGGCACUGGUGAGAGCUCUGAGGUGGCUUCGUCGGAGAAAGAAAAAUGUAGAACAGUAAUCCCAGCUCUAUGAAGAAUGCAACACUGUAUGCUGUAAACUUGUGGUUUAUAGUAAUGUUCAAAAUCUGAAUGGUUGAUGCAAUAAUUACUUGAAUUUGUUUGUUAAAUUAUGUAAAUAAAAGUCAACACUGGUCUUAA